CCGGCAGAACGCAACCUCAUCUCCACAUCUCUCCGACUGUCUAUCAAUCCACCCAUCAAGUCAAUUAAUGCGAAGGAAUCAUCAACUUAUCUGACUCCUCGACCGAGCGCGCCGUCUUCAGCAGUAUUCAGCACACGCCCACAGAUCAUAAAUACAAAGAGCUAGAGAGAGUUCGUAACAAUGGCGCCCACGAAACAAGAGCUCUCGCUGCUCAUCAACCCGCUCGUCCCGGAAUCGGUGCAGCAUAAUAAUCGCGUCCUGUCAAACCUCCACUCCCUCACCUCCUUCCUCCUCGGCCUCACAGCAGGCAUCCUCGCCCUGCAAUCAGCAACCGGCUUCAUCUUCUACCUCCUCGGUACGAUCUUCGUCUCGGGCGUUUUCCACGCCGUGCUACUUUCGCGAUCUGGGACCGGGGCUGGCGCCGGGGCUUUCUUCCCGGGUUCGACGCCGGGCGAGAUUGAGGGGAUUAAUGCGAAGGGUCUUAUCGGGAGUGGGAAUGGGAAGGAUGGGGUGGUCGUGAAGAGGAAGGGCGCUUGGAGGGAUGUUUGGUUGGGUGGGGGUGUUUUUGGAGAGGCGCUUUCGGGGUUUGUCCUUGGGUGGGCGGGUGUUGGGGGGGUUUUGAGGUGA